CUCGGCGGACUUCCUUGGAAGUAUGUCAGUCACGUGACACGAGGCGUCACGUCUUGUUUUUAAGAGCAGCCCGUCACAGCAGCACUCAGAGUACACCUCAGCCAGCUCAGCGCUCCUUCCUUCGCCUGGAAAACCCCACCAUCGUCAGCAUGUUGCCAAAUGAAGAUCUUGAGUGUGUGGUGUGCUGCUACGAGUACUCGCGCAGCGAGCGGGUCCCACGCAUGCUGCACUGCAAUCACACCUUCUGUGCACCUUGCCUGGAGAAACUGUCCAACAUGGACGGCGUGAUCAGGACCAUCAGCUGCCCCCUGUGCCGCUGGAUUACCUGCACAAGGGCCAGCCUGACCCUACCAGGUGUGUUGUGGGUCAACACUGACAUAUGGGACCAGAUUGCAGAGAAACAUCAGACGAAGAAGGUGAGAGGGAGGAAGGAGGACCCAGUGGAGGACGUGAGCAAGCAGUUCAUCAGGCCCAUGUUCUCGCACUCAAAAUCCACUGUUUUCAAGUCCACAUUCCAAAGUAUGUUCAGCUGCAUUCCGCUGCAUGAGCCACACUUGCAGAGCAGCUGACCUGGAUCGAUGCAGCAAUGCACAGUCCUUGACCUUGACACCUCUCCGUCUGGGCUCCUUUCCCUUUUGUAUUAAACUUGUACACGCUUUUGAAAGCAACACAAUAACUGUCAGUGCACCCCCUUCAAAUGUGAACUUGUUUUACAUGCUGUUAUUAUUUAUGCCUGUGCUGUAAAGAUUUGUUUCAGUUAUUUAUGUUGUCAUGUAU